AUGCGGUGGUCACCACCGUCGCCGAGACUAUCGGCGGUCGUCGUGCUAGCGGCGGCGUUGACGUGCGCCACUGACGCCGCGAGGAUAUUGGCUGUGGAGACGAUGGCCGGCGUAAGUCACUGGAACUUCAUGAGUGGCGUGCUGCGGGCGCUUGUCGACAAAGGUCACGAGGUCACAGCAUUUACGCCGUUUCCGUCGGCGGACGGCCACCGACCGCGGGCCAACUACACUGAGGUGGACCUGUCCCGGGAAUUAUUGGCCGCCCGGGACGGCCAGGUGGCGGACGUCGUGCAGAUGUGGCGCACGCCCGUCGGCAACGUGUUUCAGUGGGUGCGACGGAGCCGGGACACUUGUGACAAGAUCUACGGCCACCCGGCGAUGAGCGACUCGCUGAGGCAGCACCGGGACGGCCGCCGGCCGUUUGACGUCGUCAUCGUCGAGCCGUUCCUGUCGGAUUGCGUGUCUUACGUGGCCGUCCAGCUGGGCGUGCCGCUCGUCUACGUCACGGCGUUGCCGGCCAUCGGGUUGAUGGAACGCGCGCACACCGGCCACGCGUCUAACCCUGCGGUCGAGUCGCAUCUGGUGGCCGGUCACGGGGUUCCCAAGACGUUCGCGCAGAGGCUGAGCAACUCGGCGCUGUACGCGUACUGUAUCGUUGGCGUAGAAUACGUGUACAGGGUGCUCAAGUACACCGAGCCCAGAGAGUACGAUACGGUACCACCCGUCAUGCCGUCGCUGAUGUUCGUCAACGGCCAUUACGUCAGCGAACCGCCCAACCCCGUCCUGCCGUCCGUCAUCCAAGUCGGCGGAAUACACCUGAGACCACCCAAGACAUUGCCAGAGGAUAUAUUAGAGUUUAUUGAACAAUCCUCACAUGGUGUCAUUUAUUUCACUUUUGGUUCAACUGUUAAAAUGUCUUCAAUGCCGGAACACAUAAAAAAUGCGUUUAUUAAUGUUUUAGCUCAAAUUCCUCAGAGAGUUUUAUGGAAAUAUGAAGAUGAAUUAGAGAAUAAACCGAAAAACGUAAUGAUGAAAAAGUGGCUUCCCCAACGAGACAUCCUAAUGCACCCUAAAGUUAAACUAUUCAUCAGUCAUGGUGGUAUAUCUGGAUUAUAUGAAGCCGUGGAUGCCGGUAUCCCAGUCCUUGGAUUUCCUUUAUUUGGUGAUCAACAUAGAAAUAUAGACAAUUUAGUCAAUGCUGGGAUGGCGAUCUCUAUGGACUUAUUUUCUGUGUCUGAAGAAACAUUCUUAAAACAUGUUUUAGAACUUAUCAACAACAAAAAAUACACGAUAAAUGCUAAAACUACUUCAAACUUAUUCAAAGAUCGACCGAUGACACCUGCACAAUCGGUUGUUUACUGGACAGAGUAUGUACUUCGUCACAAAGGUGCACCACAUUUAAAAUCGCAUGCGGUUAAUCUAACGUGGUAUCAAUAUUACUUAUUGGAUGUUAUUUCUUUUGCAAUCAUUUUAAUUUCUGUAGUUCUUUUUGCAAUUUACAAAAUUGUAAAAUGUAUUUAUAAGUGCAUUUCAAUAUGUUAUAAUAAUGUGAAAGCAAAGAUCGAAUAG